AUGGCCGCCGCAACCACUCUAUCCUCGCAGGAGCAAACCUCCAACUUUGCCCUCCAGCAAUAUCUAGUUCUUCAAUCUCAACAUGAGGAGCUCCGCCAGCACCUGGACACGAUCCGCCCCAUGACGACCUCCAACACCUCGCUCUCCUCAUCACCGUCCGUGUCCCCGACGCGCAGCACCUGCUCGCCUUUUGGCCAGUACCCCAACGGCGGCGGCGGUAAGAGGCACCACAGCCGAAGCCGUCGCUCGUCGCUAUCGAGCCCCAAGACCCGCCGCAGCAGCUCACUCGCGCCCAUCGCGGACGAGACCACCAUCUGGGCGGUCGCCGAGGAAGAGCAGCGCCUCUUUGACGUCAACGAGGGCAUGAAGCGGGCUCUGAUGGAGCUCCUCAACUGCGAGCAGGUGCGGAGCGACAGCUCGUUUCGCAUGUGGGUGCAGUGCCGUCUUAUGGACACGGAAAAGGAACUUCGUUCUGAGAGACGACGCAAGAGCGCGCCAUGA